AUGUUUCCUUUUGCUUUUGUUUUUGUUUUUCUGCUGGUGCCGUCGCUCGCCAGAGGUCAGGUGACCCCGGACUCGUCUUCAGGAGCCUUGAGGAACAUCAGCGAAUCGUUCAACGCCAGCUCGUCGAAACCUCCGGGCGCCACCCCGGACCUGACGGGGACUGCGGGCGGUGCUGCUGGCACCUCGGAAGCUCCACAAGAGGACAACUGGUUGCCAGCGGAGAGCUUCUUCUACUCGGGCGACUCGUCAGCCGUGGGGAAGGCAAGAUGUUCUCGCGCUUACAGCCCGCCCGGGCAACCGGGGCCGCUUCCGGGUGGCAUGCGUGCAGCCCUCAGGCCGGCCCUGGAUGCCUUAGCCAACACGGCCAACUUCCUAAAUAUGAUCUUCCAGGCCAGUGACCUGCGCGAGAGUUCGGUUCCAGAGGACAUGGAGUGGUACCAUGCCCUCGUCCGUGCCCUGCUAGAGGCCACCGGGCCUGUCCGCCAAGUGCUGCUUACCUUCGACUGUGACCCGACCGGUACCACCCCUCAGCUAGUGCUCCAGGCAAGCCGCGGCCCCCCGAGCGGGAUGCCGACUAUCCUCCUUCAGGACUUGUCAAAAAGCUGGGACCGCCUGCACCCGCCCGCCCCGGCCCCGGAUGACGGCUGGUUCCGGCGUUUUAAGUUCCCGGCUGCUGCCCAGCCGCCCGCCCUUGCCAAGAGGGUCCUGCUCAAUGACCUCAGCACCUUGGAGACCCCCAAGUGGGGCCGGGGGGACAGUUACGUGAGCAAUAGGAGCGGUGUCAGCUGGGCAGACGCCCCCUACCUGGACUGCAAAGACGGUCGCUUCGUCCCCAGGUGGAUGCUAACCUUGUCCACCGCCUUCUACGGGCUCAAGCCAGACCUCACCCCUGAGUUCAGGGGUGUGAUCCGCAUGGACGUGGACAUCCAGGACAUGGACCUGGACCAGUGCACCACCCAGGAUGGAUGGUUUGCAGACACGCACCAGUGCAACCGCACUAGCAUGGAGUGUGUUCCGAUUCCCAGGCGAGGCUUCCGGCUGGGUCAGUACUGCUGCCGUUGCAAAGAAGGAUACUACGACAUUGACACUGCCAAUAAGGAUGCAGGUGGCGACGGCGACGCGUGUUAUCCGUCCAUGCCCAAGUGUCUGCCAUGCUGGCCAGGUUGUGGGAGGUGCCAGGACGGCGCCCCCUGUUGGGUGCAGGAGGACAGACCCCUGAGGGCCACCGUCAUGGCUGCCCAGGCCACCUUCAUGGCCCUCGUUUUUAUCAGCAUGCUGGCAGCAUACCGACAUCGCCGGAGCAGGAGGAUUCGGUCGUCGGGUCUCUUGCUGCUGGAAGCCAUUUUGUUUGGCUCACUGCUACUUUACUUCCCGGUAUUCAUUCUGUACUUCAAGCCCAGCACGUUUCGAUGCAUCCUGCUCCGCUGGGUCCGCAUGUUGGGUUUCUCUAUCGUCUAUGGCACUCUCACUCUCAAAAUGUACAGGGUUCUGAAGGUGUUCCUGUCACGCACGGCUCAGAGGGUUCCAUACAUGUCCAGCUUGCACCUACUGAGGAUCCUGGGCAUCAUGCUGAUGACAGCAAGCUGGUUCUUGUGUGCCUGGACAGUGGGUGUCCUCCAGAAUCGAGAUAGGAACAUUCCCGUCAUUAUAACCACAACCACGGCGGAGGGCCAGGGCUUCAACCUUUGCUACCUGGAUCGGUGGGACUACAUGAUGGCCAUCGCCGAGCUUCUGUUCCUGUGCUGGGGAAGUUCACUGUGGACCGCUGUUCGGCCAGUGCCCUCGGCCUUCCAUGAGCCUCGCUACAUGGGGAUCGCCAUCCACAAUGAGCUACUUCUCUCCACCAUGUUCCACCUGUGCCGGUUUACGUUUCCUUCUCUGCAUCCCGAUUGGAUGCUGCUGCUCUCCUUUGCACACACCCACGUGACCAUCACUGUGACACUCGCUCUAAUCUUCAUCCCAAAGUUCCUGUACAUAGGCAAACCUGGAAGAGAGGAAAUAGCUGCCGAGGUGUAUGAGGACGAGGUGGACCUGCGCCGUUCCUACCUCAACAGCAGCUUUCGCUCGGCCUGGAGUGAGCGUAGUGUGGACCCUGAUGACUUUCGGGACGAACUGAAGAGAUUAUACACCCAGUUGGAAGUCAACAAAGCCAAGAAGAUGACAGCAAACAACCCUCACCUGUCAAAGAAGCGAAGCUCUAGAUGUGCCCUGGGAAGAUCAAUCAUCAAGCGCAUUGCCGAGAUCCCCCUGAGCCGGCAGUGCAGCCGUGAGGACCGAGAUGGUUCAUUCCGGAGCGGGAAUCACUCCGCGUCUUUCAGGAGGACCCCAGAAAACCUCAGCAUCAGAAGUUCCAUGAAAUCCCGAUCACCGUCUUUACGCAAGUCCCAAUGUGAUAAUUAUUACACUCGAGAAAGGGACUCUUCCUUGUGGGAUUCUUCAAAGCUGAGGGCUGACAUUGUGAAAAGGUCUUCCCAAAGAUCAGAGACUGAAUCUUUGGACAUGCACCCAGCAGUUUGCAAAUCAGUUAGCGCGCAAAAUCUGACAAUUGAUACCAAUCUCUUACAUCUCCCCGAUCACACCAGGCUUCACAAGUCAUGGAGUCUGACAUCCACUCAUUCCAUGGAGAAAAUGUCCAAGGGUGAUGGAUCAAGCCUCUCUAUCAGUGAGCAGACCAGGAGUGCUCUAAUGUCAGAGUCUUUUGACAAAGGUGAGGUUUGUCCUUGGGAGGUGGAGCCGGAACAAUCUGGUGAUAAGAGCCAGAAGCGUGUCACCUACGCAAACUCUCAAGCGGAUGAUCUGCAAAGCCCAUCGUCGCCAGUUGCUCUAGUAUGUCCCUGGGACCAUCUGCAACCUAUGGAGAAUAAUGUGUCACAAGAGAAGGCGGAUGCAGAGUCCACCCAAUUCCCAGUCUCUGCAAGUGCACCGGGGUCACCGAGACCCAAAGUCAACAAAGAUCAGAGAGUUUUUUCCUUCCGGAAUACCACUACCAAGUGGCUCUCUGUCAAAUCCUUCCUGACAUCUGUAGAAGCUGCAAGCAAACCGUGCAAGGAUGAAACCUUAACUAGAGAAGGGUCACAAAAAAGUCAAGAAAGCUCGACAGCAUCCAGGUCGGGAACAUCCAGUCGACAUCCAAGCGUGGAGAAAAGAACACUACAGAAGAGAAGCAUGACAACCGCAGAUGGAAAACCAUGCCUCGUAAAGCAGAACGCAAUCAGACUGUCCUCUGGUGAUUCUUCCGACAGAAGUCCCAGAAGAUUGGUUAUUGUCAAGUCUGCAGUCUAUCCCGGAGAUGCAGAUGAUAUGACAAAAGAUGGCAUUUACGAAAGUGUAUACCUGUCCAGGCAGAGUAGUAAACGAAGCAGCAUAAGAUCCUGUAGUUCGAGGACACCGUCAACUCAUAGAAGAGGAAGUAAACGAGUGGCGACGGCAGUGUUAAAAACCUUUUCUCAUGCUGACAAUUGUCCAUUGAGAGGACAGGUGGCAAAGCAGCAGCAAAGCAUUAAAGCAGACGUCUGCCCGUGGGAAAUUAAAACAUCUGAACGAACUGGCGUCUGUCCUUGGGAAUCUCAACAGCAAGCGACAGUGACGAGAAUGGACAGUGGUCGUACUGAUGUUUGCCCCUGGGAGUCCAAAGAUGUUCCAGAAAGUUCAUAUGCCAUCCCAGCAAAAACACAACUGUCUUUGAAGCGAUCUGCAGAUGUAUGUCCUUGGGAUGCAGCAGAAAAUCAGACACCAAUCAUCAAACAAGACAGCGAAUAUGCCAAUAUUUGUCCUUGGGAAGCAGAGGUUGAGUAUGAGAACCUAAAUCCCGUGCAGGCGAAGGGAGCCCUCAAAGUGCCCUCACGACAGGAAGCAACGAAAACCACUGUGUUUCCCAGGGUAUUAGAAGAAAAAUUAGAUAAAUCUCCUGUCCUAUAUCUGGACAGAAGAACAACCAAGACAGAAGAAAGUUGUCCGUGGGACUUCCCAGACCCCCCAAAAAUGAUAGAUGUUGGUCUUUUGGAAGAUGGGAACAUAGAACCAACAGUCUCAUCUUCACAGAUCACGAUCAAGGCAGAUAUCUGUCCCUGGGAUGCUGGACAACAGGACAAAUUGAAUGCCCUACAAAAAGGAAUCUUACCCUUGGAUGCUCAAGUAGAGGCUCCCAACAGAGGAAAUAUUUGUCCUUGCGAGACUGAAACAUCAGGAUCACCAAAAACAGAGCCCUCAGAAAUGUCCAAAAACAAUAUUAGACAAGAUACUGCCCGUGUUAACGUCUGUCCAUGGGAGAGCGAGGAUUCCACAUUGGCCAAAACAGAGGCAUCACCAAGAGGAAAAUUAGAAACUUGGAAAAGUCAAGACAGGCAGGACAGUGCUCAAGGAGAUAUUUGUCCAUGGGAGAUUAAAGAAACAAACACUCUGAAAAAUCAGGAAACUGCUAGAGAAAGUGUUUGUCCCUGGGAGACAGAAGACCCAAAGUCUGCACAAAGGCAAGAUAGCCAAAGUGAUGUUUGUCUCUGGGAAGCAAAGAAACCAAAUGUUAUGAAUAAGCAGGGCAUUUCCAGAGAAAACGUUUGCCCGUUGGAGAAAGAAAAAACAAAUGUCCGAGAAAACCAGGACAGUUCGGGGGAAAACGUUUGUCCACGUGAGAGAGAGCAACCUAAUUGUCUGAGAAAGUCGGACCAUUCUAUCGAAAACAUUUGUCCAUGGGAGACAGAUGAACCAAAUCUACUGAAAAAGCAGGACAGUUUUAGAGAAAACAUUUGUCCAUGGGAAACAAGAGAACCAAACACUUCAACUAAGCAUGACAGUUCCACUGAAAAUAUGUGCUUGCAGGAUGCAGAUAUUCUCAAGGUCUUGAAGAAACAAGACGGCUCUAGACAAAGUGUUUGUCCAUGGGAAACCGAAGACAUAAAGUCCACUAAGAGGCAAGAUAGCACAAGAGGGGAGCUUUGUCCGUGGGAAAUGGAAGAACCUAAGGUUUUACAAAAGCAGGAAAGUUAUGGAACUGUGGCAGGAGAAGCUAAAGUUCUCAAGAAACAGAGCAGCUCUCGAGCCAGUGUCUGCCCAUGGGAGACUGAGGGCAGCGCAGUGUUAGGAAAGCAAGAAAGCCUGCGUUCAGAUGUUUGUCCAUGGGAAACAGAAAUAACAGAAGGUGUCAAAGACCAAGAUGGCUUGAGCACUCUGGAUUGUCCUGAUGAAAUCCAGGAUCCAGAAACAUCGACCAACCCCAGCAGUGACAAAGAUGACGUACAGGAAGACCACGACACAAAGGCGGAUCACUCGGAUGGACUGAAAGCCAGCUUACCGCUGGGUCGCCGUGAUGCCUUGUGCCCCUGGGAGAUUGCAAGAAGUGGCUCGGGAUCCUUCACUGACAACAACUCUGAUGUUUUCACAUGGGAGCAAGAGAACAUCCCAGAGGAAGACGAGGAGGACGCAGAAUGCGCAGCAGAAGCACUCAUAUUCCCUCCAGACUUGUGACUUACAGGCCCUUUCGAUUCAAUAGGAAAUAAGUCCACUUCAAACUACUUGGCACAAACAGUUUUGCUGACACUAUGUGGCGUUUGUACUCUAACACGCAAAGUCCGCACCCCGACUCAUACAAACUGAAUGUUGGUGAAGGGACUAUCCCUGUCUGCAGUGAAAUUACAAAAAAUGGCUGCCACAUCACCAAGUGUUACUCUGAACCCCUCUUCUUCCUGCCCCCAUCCGUCCUUUCACGAGAAGCUUGAUGUUCUGUAGCAGGGUGUGUCAGUCCACAUGUCCCUAUUGUGAUCAUAUCUAAAAUGUUACACAAUGCAACUGCAAAGGAAUCCAACUUCUGAUAUGAUAAAAAAAAAAGUCCAGUCAUAUUUUUUUAAAGCAAUUCAUGUUCAAAUUUAGAAAACGCAAGAGCGUGAGAACAUCAACAAAGAAAAAAACCCCCCAAAAAAAUGCCGUUAAUUGGAUAAAUGACCAUGCACUACAGGGGAAAAACUUGCACAACACUUGCAGUACAUGCCUGAAAGUUCAGCAUUGUUUGCAAGUGUGUGUGUAU